AUGGGGGUCAACAGCAACGUCAUCGGGACCAUCAAGAGGGUCAGAAGGGUCAAUAUCGACGUCAUUGGGGUCAACACCGAUGUCCCCUGGGUCAUUAGGAUCAACAGCAACAUCAUUGGGAUCGUCAGGAGGGUCAGCAGGGUCAACAGCAACGUCGUUGGUGUCAACGGCAACGUCAUCGGGAUCAUCAGCAGGAUUAAUAGAGUCAACAUCAGUGUCAUCGGCGUCAACAUCGAUGUCAUCAGGGACAAUGGAGGGCCAACAGGGUCAGCGUCAAGGUCAUUGGGGUCAACAGCAACGUCACUGGGGUCAACGGCAACGUCAUCGGGAUCAUCAAGAGGCAGCAGCAUCGGGGUCAACGGCAACGUCAUCAGGAUCAUCAGGAGGGUCAACGGGGUCAACAUCAAGGUCAUCGGGAUCAUCAGGAGGGUCAACAAGGUCAACGUCAACGUCAUCGGGCUCAACGUCAAGGUCAUCGGGCUCAUCAGGAGGGUCAUUGGGCUCAACGUUGACGUCAUUAGGCUCAACGUCAAGGUCAUCAGGAUCAUCAGGAGGGUCAACGGGCUCAACAUCAAUGUCAUCGGGAUCAUCAGGAGGGUCAACAAGGUCAACGUCAACGUCAUCGGGCUCAACGUCAAGGUCAUCAGGAUCAUCAGGAGGGUCAUCGGGCUCAACGUCAAUGUCAUUGGGGUCAACGUCAGUGUCAUCGGAGUCAACGUCAAGGUCAUUAGGAUCAUCAGGAGGGUCAGCAAGGUCAACGUCAACGUCAUCGGGGUCAACGCCGAUGUCAUCGGGCUCAACGUCGACGUCAUCGGGCUCAACAUCAAGGUCAUCGGGAUCAUCACGCGGGUCAUCGGGCUCAACGUCGACGUCCCCGCCGCCGCCGCGGCGCCU